CCCCUCUGCCAAGCCUUGUGAAGGAAAUCUGCCCACCGCUCGCUCAUUCAGUCACUCUGCUUGCUUUUGCUAGGCCCUUUGCCUUCCUUCCUCCUCCUUUUCUUCGCCAUGAAACCCCCUCACUUCACCGGGGAAGCGGCCGCCGGCGCCUCCUGGGCUCACGAGGUCAAGCAGGCCCUCCGUGACAAGCUCCGGUGGACUGUCGCCGCCGCCAGGCCCACGUCCGCCGUCGCCGUGGCGGGCGCCGGCGCCGGCGCCGGCGCCGCCGCCGAGGACCCCAUCAGGAGAGUCAUGUUCUUGGCUCCAUGGGGUCACACAUAAAAAAAAGAAAGAGAGAAGCAAGUGCUUGCAUGCUUUGCGUUGCAUGUCGUAAUUGGCCGCCGCCCGGAUCUGCAGUUAACACCUGAAACAAAACCAUGGUAAUCCUAUAUAUAUGGACCAUGAACAUGAACUCAUCAAGGACUAAACACUAGAUCGACACUUGUGUAUAUCUAGUUCAUGUUGAUCUCUUGGCAUGGUGAGGAGAUCUUGACAAGUUCAUGUGUAUAUGGGUGCUGGGUUGAAGCGCAACAACUGCUAGCUGCAACUUAAACCUGUUUUGAUUUCUUCUUUCCUCGCCAAGAGAGUAUGUGUGUACUACCAAGAGCCUGUGAAAAGCUAUGUAAUUUAUGAGCUAGUAAAACCCUUCCUCCUUGAUCUGAUCUUACAUGCCCCGUUGUUUUUUGCCCAGUUGAUUCUGUUCAGAUAUACAUAGUGGAGUACUUGUGAAAUAUGCAGAGAAACCACGGUAAAAGCCA